AUGGAUUUUCAGAAAUCUUUUCUCAUAUUUAACUUCUUAUUUGCAAUGCAAUUUAUGGUUUUGACAUUAGCUCUUGAUUUGCACAGAAUGUCUAUUGAAGACUAUGUCAAUUACACCAAUCCUCCUGCUGUGCACAAGUAUCAGCAUGAGAAUGGAGACACAAUACUCUGUGUCAGAUAUGAGGAUCAGAUUUCCUUCAAUUCUGACAAAACAUAUGGGCAUAAUAAGAAAGAUUUGAGAAAAAGCUGGACGAAUGAGAAUUUGAGUUCUUCCUUGAGAAAGGAAUGCCCAGAGGGAACAGUACAUGUGAGGGAGAUAAAGCAUGAACAUGUUAAGAGAGCUGGAUCUGUGGCUAGCUUUAUUGCCAUUCAAAAUGCUGGUGCUGGCCAUUCAUAUGAAACAAAGACUGUGAUUGCAAACUAUAUCUAUGAAUCUGCUGAAAUUCGGAAAGCUAGAGGGAUAAUGAAUGUGUGGCAACCAUAUUUGGCUCCGGGUGAUCUGCUGACUCGUUGUUUAAUAAGGAUUGGGGUGGAAACAAGUGAUGGACAACCAAUUCAGAUGAUAGAGUCUGGUUGGCAAGUUAGUAGAUCACUAUACGGAGAUUCAACACCAAGGUUCUUUGUACGUUGGACGGCAGAUGGUUACAACAGUACAGGUUGUUUUGACCUAAUUUGCUCAGGAUUUGUCAUGGCAAAAGAUGCUCCAUUUUAUGCUGGUCAGCCAUUAACAAAUGUAUCUGUAUAUGGAGAUCCCAAUAAACAAGUUGAAUUAGAUAUAGCUAUACAAUAUAAAGCAAGAAACCAUCCAGCAUGGGUGAUAUAUGUUGGUUCCAAAGAAGUGGGUUACUUGCCUGCAAAUUUAGUAGCAGACAUUCUUCCAAAAAUCAAUACAGUGAAAUGGGGCGGAGAAGUUUGGGUUGUCGGGGGAGGUCCACCCUCGAAAACAGAUAUGGGUAAUGGAAGAUUUCCUGGCAAGCGCUACCCAUAUGAUGCAUAUGUUAAAAAUAUGGAGUUUAUGGUUUUGACACUAGCAGUUGACAUGAAUAACAUGACCGUUGAAGAUUAUGUCAGUUACAUCAAUCCUCCGUCUGUGCACAAGUACCAGCUUACUAGCAAGCAUGAAAAUGGAGACAGCAUACUCUGUGUAAUGCAUGAAGAUCAGAUAUCCCUCCUUCCAGCUGGCAAAAAUAAGACCAAUUGGAGAAAGAUGGGGAUGAAUGAAAAUCUCAAACACUUCAAGGGUUGCCCAGAAGGAACAAUCCAUGUGAGGGAAAUAAAGCAUAAGCAUGUUGAAAGAAGUGGAUCUGUGGCUCGGUUCAUAGGAAUAAAGAAUGCUUGGGAAUAUAUGUGGGAAACAGAGUAUGCCAUGGCAAGCCUCCUCUUUGGUGAAGGUGGGAUUGAGAAAGCUACAGGUGUUAUGAAUGUGUGGCAACCACCUUUGAGUCCCUCUGGCACUGAUGUUCUAAGUCGUGGUCUCAUAAGGAUUGGUGUAGAAAAUGCUGAAAAAAUAGUCCAGACAAUAGAGGCUGGUUGGAUAGUUUCCCAAAUUUUGUAUGGAGAUCAGAAAUCAAGAUUCUUUAUACGCUGGACGGCUGAUGGCUUCCAGAAGACAGGUUGUUAUGACCAAAAAUGUCCAGGGUUUGUUUUGGCGAAAAAUGCUCCAUUAUAUCCUGGUGAAGCAUUUAAAGAAGUAUCUAUAUAUGGAAACAAAGAAAAGCAGGUUGAACUAGGCAUAGCUAUACAAUAUGAAGCAAGAAAUCCUCCUGCAUGGGUGGUAUAUGUUGGGUCCAAAGAAGUGGGUUACUUGCCUGCAAAUUUAGUACCAGACAUUCUGCCAAAGAUCAAUACAGUGAAAUGGGGAGGUGAAGUUAUGGUUGUGGCAAAUUUCCCACAGUCCAAAUUAGAUAUGGGUAGUGGAAGAUUUCCUGAGGGGGGCUAUCCAAAUGCAGCAUAUGUCAGAGAUAUGGAUGUAUUUAAGGCUGGUGGUAAGAGAAUGUAUGGAGGAAGCUUUCAGUAUAUGCAGAGUCGUCCAUAUUGUUAUAGAGUGGGGGAUAAGGAUGGCCCCUCCACAUGGGGCACUCACAUCUUUUAUGGGGGUCCAGGAGGUGAUGAAACUCUCUGCAGAACAGUCCAACCUCCACCAUUCCCAGGAAGAGUUUGAUAUGUUCUCAGCACCAAAUGCAGAAUGUUUCCCUUUUUCAUAAAUAGAAAAUGGUAUUAUGUUUACACUUAUAUCGUUUGUUUGAAAAGA